AUGACUGAGGAGAGUAGUGACGAGGCUAGCCUCAAAGGCGCAAACCACAGAGUUCCCCGAGAGCCUGUUGAGCGCCUAAUCACAUUGAUCAAGUUCCUGGAGUCCUACAAUAAGGAGGUGGAACAGAUCGAGUCCGCUCUAGGAGAGCUGCCGCAGAAAGACGAGAAAAUACAACGCCUUUCCGCCAAAGUCAAGGAGUUAGAGCACUCCAAGAAUGAAGAGUCCCGUGUGGUUGAGGAAGAAGAACGUCGGUUGAUGGAGCUGCAAAACAAGCUUAACGAGGAGAAGGCAUCUCUUCAAAAGUCUCGCCAAACGCUAGAUCAAGAAAGCAAAAAUUUGGAAGGAGAGAAGCAGCGCCUCAAGGCUGACGCACUUGCUAAAUAUGAGAAAGCCAUAGCAACAGAGAGAAAGAAACUAGAGGAUGAGUUGCAGACGCUAAUAAAGCAGAAUGAGAAGGCCACGGCUGCGAAAUUUGAACAGGCUGAACGGACAAUUCGAGAACUGCAGGGCCAAGUCUCAGCUCAAACGGAGACCAAAGAAGACACAGAAAGAACCCUCACGCUAUUCAAGGCCCAUACGAAGCAGCUAGAGGACCAGAAAAAGGAUCUUGAGGCCAGGUUCAAGACUCAAGAUUCCCCGUUGUCAGAGUUUGAGGAGGACUUAUCCAAGAUAUCCAAAGCCCUCAAAGCAAUCGCACAUGCCUAUUUCGGAGACCUUCCGUUAGACGAUUCUGAUAUCGACCAGUCCCAACGUCAUCUCCGUGCCAGUGACCCAAUAUUCGAAUUUGUCCCUCUAACUGCUUCGGUUACAUCUAAGUACCUUCGAGCCCGGGCAGCACAGACGGUCAUCACAAAGGCUAUAUGUCAUUCUCUUUGGCAGCAUUUUAGCGGAUCGAAAUUGCCCCUAUCUCCAGAUCAAAUUUCCGCUUUCGUUCACAUUUCGGAGGCACUUGCUCGCCGGGAUCGCAAAAAGGAAAACGUGUGGCGGUAUCUCACCUACCAAGGCCUUGAUGUCGCUUCUCUUCCGUCUACCAGGGAUAGCGCCGCUGAUAAUCAGCUCGUACUUCAGGAAACUAAGCGUCUUUCUGAGCUUCUUGGGGUCCUUAUUCCCCAGCAGAAACUAAAGGAGUUUGGGCGUGAUCUAGGGCGUCUUCUCUCAGAAUGUGUGCGCUUUUGGAACAAAGCAAAGAGGGAUAGUUGCAUCGUUGAAUUUGAUACCGACCCCCCCAAAUUGGGUAGUUCAGGCUGGCUCUCAGAGCCAUGUCCCGAGCUUGAUUAUGUGGAGGGCAGCACCGAGCAAGGACGUGACGAAGUGCAAGCUUGGUGCUUAUUUCCGCGCAUUACGUUCAAACCCGUCAACGAGAAACCAAAGGUUGUCGCGGGAAGUGCAGUCUUCAGUGAUUGCCCGGCUUUCCAUGAAGGUUCGAGUGAACUUAAGCGGCAAGAAGAACAGCUUGCACAGUGGAAACGCCAGUUUGCCCGGCAGCCGUCUGUCUCAAAGGGACGAUAG